AUGCACGGCUUCAAGGAUGACCCGCUUCCAGGGGUGGUAGUAUGUCCGGAUGAGAACAUCGCGACCUUGCUCCAUGCCUUGGUGCAAGGCCCCGAGGGCACGCCUUAUGAAGGCGGUCUCUUCCACUUCGUGCUGUACGCGAAAAGCAAUUAUCCGCAUGAGGCGCCCCUGGCACGUUUGAUGACCACUGGUGGCGGGAGCGUACGCUUCAACCCGCAGUUCUACACUUCCGGGAAGGUUUGCCUGUCCAUCCUUCACACGUGGCCUGGUCCUAGCUGGAACCCGUCCUUCAACAUGAGGGUGGUCCUACUGCAGCUGCAGGCUCUCAUGAAUGACCAGCCGGCCCUCAAUGAGCCUGGGGUGAUGAUCAUGAGUAAUCCUGAGGACUACAAUGCUUUCCUCAGACACGAGACCCUGAGAGUUGCCGUGCUGGGCCAUCUGGAGCAGUGCUUUCAGCGUAUCCAUUCUGUAGAUGCUGUGGAGACUGAGGUCGAGGCCCCCAUGCCUCGUGCGCUCGCUCAAGUGGUCUUGGCCAAGCUUAUGCAAGAAGCGCAGAAACUGGAGGCCCGUUGCCGAGAGCUGGCUGCUUCCACGCCCGAAGGAUCCACGCUGCCUGGCGUGCCGCGAGCUGUGAGAGCCGAGUACUCCUCUAUGGCAGCCCAGUUCCGGGCCUUGCGACAGUCCCAUGCGGGGCAACCCAGCGCUGACAGCGCAUUUGAGCCUGCCAGACAGACGUCGGCAGAGGGCUCCUCAGAGCAGGCCGAGGCCACGCAGGCCGCGCAGGCCGCGCAGGCCGUGGACUGCACUGCAGCAGAAGCGGAGCCGCAGGCGGAGCAGGCCGUGCAGACGGAGGAAGAGCCCGAGUGCCGCAUCUGCGGUGGCGGUAUCGAGGCGUGGAGAGGUUCUGCAAAAUCGGGAUUCUCCUGUGCACCCCGAAUAGUGGAUCCCGAACAUCAGAGUUCCAAAGCACUAGGCAGGGUGUUCUUGUGUUCCUGCAUUAGGGAAGAGUUUUGUAUGAUCACGGACUUGGUUUUGCUUUCAAUACACUGA